AUGGGUGUCCCCAAGUUCUUUCGCUGGAUGUCCGAGCGAUAUCCAGCCAUCUCCCAGCUCAUCGCCGAAAACCGCAUCCCCGAGUUCGACAACCUCUACCUUGACAUGAACGGUAUCAUCCACAAUUGCACCCACAACAAUGCCGAUUCCGCCACCAAGGCGCGUCUUUCCGAAGAUGAAAUGUUCAUCAAGAUCUUCAACUAUAUCGAGUUUCUGUUCGGCAAGAUCAAGCCGCAGAAGAUGUUCUUCAUGGCCAUCGAUGGUGUUGCGCCACGAGCCAAGAUGAACCAGCAGCGUUCUCGUCGUUUCCGUACAGCGCUCGAUGCCGAGCGUGCUCGGGACAAGGCCAUUGCGGAUGGUCUAGAGCUGCCCAAGGAGGAUCCCUUCGACUCGAAUUGUAUCACUCCGGGCACAGAGUUCAUGGCUCGCUUGACGAGGCAGCUGAAAUACUUCAUUGCGAAGAAGGUCACCGAGGACCUAGAUUGGCAGGGAUGCGAGGUUGUUCUGUCGGGUCAUGAAGUCCCUGGAGAAGGUGAGCACAAGAUCAUGGAGUACAUUCGCCAGGCGAAGAGCCAGCCGAACUACGAUCCGAACGUGCGCCACUGCUUGUACGGUCUUGAUGCCGACCUUAUCAUGCUGGGCUUGUUGUCUCACGACCCACAUUUCUGUCUGCUUCGUGAAGAGGUGACAUUCGGUCGGCAGAGCAAGACCAAGAGCCAGGAGCUCGAACAUCAGAACUUCUUUUUAAUGCAUCUCUGCAUUGUGCGUGAGUACCUCGAACUUGAGUUCCAGGAGCUCAAGAACCCGGAGAACAUGCCGGGCGUCACAUUCGAUAUGGAGCGGGUGAUUGACGAUUUCAUCCUCAUGGCAUUCUUCGUCGGAAACGACUUUUUGCCAAAUCUGCCGCAUCUGCAUAUCAACGAGGGUGCGUUGGCGCUCAUGUUCGGAGUGUACAAGAAGGUUCUCCCAAAGAUGGGAGGCUACAUCAACGAAGCUGGUGUUAUCAACCUCAAACGUCUAGAUGUACUUUUGGAAGAACUGAGCCACGUCGAGUAUCGUUUCUUCGAGGCCGAGAACUCGGACGCCAAUUGGCUCAAGGACAAGAGCUUUCAGAAAGAGGAUGUCAUGGAUAAGGUGAAGAAGAAGGGCAUACAGACAAUCACCACGGGACAGAAGGAGUUGUACCAGAAGGUGAAGAAGUACGUGAACAGCCGUGCCAGUGGAGGUGAUGACCAGGCUCUUGAUAUGCCUGCGAGCCUCAAGGCCGCUGAUCGCGCAUUUGUCGAGGACCUGGCACGAAGCCUGAACUUGCAGAGUCAGAGCGUGCUUGACGACGAAGGCAAUCGCCAUCUACAGCUAUCGUUCCCAUCUCGCCCGGACAUGGACGAGGAUGAGGACGACGACGAAGAUGAAGAAGCGCAGAAUGCUCUGUUGAGAGUAUUCAAACAGUACGACCGAGCCAAGAUCGAGGAUGUCUCGGCAUCGGAGGCGCAACAGAAGGCGCAGGAGAAGUACGACAAGAAGUUCCAUGACUGGAAGGACAAAUUUUACACGACGAAAUUCGAGUGGGGACUUGAUGAUGAAGCACAGCUCAGGGAGCUGACGGAGAACUAUGUUCAGGGUCUCCAAUGGGUGCUCUUUUACUACUACCGCGGUGUUGCAUCGUGGCCGUGGUACUUCCAGUACCAUUACUCGCCAAUGAUCAGCGAUGUGCGCAAGGGGCUUGGUGCGAACAUGGAGUUUCAGCUCGGUCAGCCUUUCCAUCCAUACGAGCAGCUUAUGGGUGUACUUCCAGACCGCAGCAAGAAGAUCGUCCCCGAGGUCUAUCACGACCUAAUGACCAACCCAAACAGCCCGAUCAUCGACUUCUACCCACGCGACUUUGAACUCGACAUGAACGGCAAAAAGAUGGAAUGGGAAGCUGUUGUCAAGAUUCCAUUCAUCGAUGAGAAGCGCUUGCUGUCUGCAAUGGCGCCUAAGAACGCUAUGCUCAGCGCAGACGAGGCACGUCGCAACGAGUUUGGAGUCAGUCUGAAGUUCGCCUACUCACCCACGGUUGACUACACCUUCCCCAGCAGUUUGCCAGGCGUGUUUCCAGACCUCGAGCACUGCCGUGUUGUCGAGAACAUUUUCGAGCUGCCAGUCAUGGACGGCUUGGACGUGCACACUGGUCUCGUGGAUGGUGUCAAGCUGGGCGCCUCUGCUUUGGCGGGCUUCCCAAGCAUGCGCACCCUGCCGCAUACAGGGCAGCUCGGCUUCCACGGUGUCAGUGUGUUCCAGCAGGAGUCGAGAAACGAGAGCAUGGUCGUUACAUUGAGCGAAGGAGAAGAGAAGGGCACAAUCGCCCAUGCCAAGCAGCGACUGGGUCGAGCCGUCCACAUUGGAUAUCCCUUCUUGCAAGAAGGAAAGGUCACCAGCGUCACGGACGAGAUGUUCACCUACCGCCUGCAGGAUCCUGAUCAGCCAGCUACAGAGCAAAACAUUGUUCAGCAGCCUCACGAGGGUAGAGGUAUUGAGGACUGGAAGAAGAAGGCCAAUCGCAUUGAGAGUCACUACAGCAAGAGACUUGGCACAAUUAUUGGCACGGUGGAGAGCCUCGUGCAGAUCGAGCCACUUGUCGGCCUACGCAAGACUGAGCUUGGGGCCACCGUCAAGGAAUACGCGCCCAUACAGGGCAUCGAGCCUGACUACGCUACACAGACUGUCGUUGACCAGGUCAUCAGCGAGGAUCAGCGCUUCAUUGAGCAGGCCGCUCUGCGAAUCGAGGAGGAGUUUCCACCUUCGACCCGUGCGUUCUACCUUGGCGACUUUGCCUAUGGUCGGCCACUUCAAGUCACCGGUCAUCAGACUGGUGCCGAUGGCGUACCCAAAGCAGAAGUUUGGGUAUCGCAGCUCGUUAACCGCGAGCCAGAGUUUGGUCUCGACAUCGCGAUGCAGGCAGAGCGGAGAAAUCCCUACACGCCUGCAUUCCUGGUGGCGAGACAGCUCAACCUUCAUCCUCUUGUGCUCUCGAAGCUGACAUCUGCAUUCAUGGUGCAGUCGUCUGGCUUGAAGCUGAACCUGGGCCUCAACCUCAAGUUUGAGGCAAAGAAGCUGAAGGUGCUGGGUUACAGCCGCAAGAGCGAAAGUGGCUGGGAGUACUCUCCAAGAGCGGUCGAGCUACUUAAGCAGUACAUGAUCAACUUUCCAGAGUUCAUCGCCCGCAUCGCCGCCAACCCAUCUGGUGACGGCUGGCAAGACACUCACUUCUACCCGGACCCACAGGAAGCCAAGCUCAAAAUGAAGGAGAUUGGUCAGUGGCUCAAGAACGUUCAGACGAAGGGUUUCGAGAAGGUGCCACUCGAGGCAGAACAACUUGACGGAGACACAGUGCUUGCUAUCGAGCAAGCUGCUGACGCUUUCAACGCUACCAGCGCUCAAAACACUUCUGGCAAGCAGUUGAAGAACGUGCCCCGUGUCGCACUGCUCAAGCCGUCUGAUGCCGAGCAGCGGACACAGCAUCAGCGAUAUCGCCUUGGCCAUCGUGUGGUCUACGUGCUCGACUCCGGUCGUGUACCUAUUGCCAUGAGAGGCACAGUCGUUGGGAUGACUCGGACUACUAGGAGCACUCUGCUUGACAUCCUUUUCGACUCACCUUUCAUGAGCGGUACCACCCUCAACGACCGCUGCUCUCCUUUCCGGGGCAGCACUGUCCCGCACAAUGCGGUACUGAAUCUGACAGACAAGCAAGUCAUUGCAAUGUCUCAAGCCGCGAAGGAUCGCGCUCCAGUAUCCAACUUCGCCCCAAUCAGAGGCGGUCACGCUGCUCUAGCCAGUGCAUACGGUAUGCCUGGCGGACCACAGCUCGUGCAAGCCAACGCUCCUCCGGCUCUCCGCGGCGGGUGGCGAGGCGCAGUCAACGGCCAUCAGAACGACACUCCUCGCGGCCGUGGUCCUCGUGGAAGAGGCGGAGGUCUCGGCAGCACACAGCAACAGCAGACCCUCCCCAUCCACAAUGGACCACCGCGCGGCCGUGGAGGCAUAAAUGGCGCGACACCCAACUUCAGCCCUCGCGGUCAGCGAGGCGGUCGUGGUGGAGCUGCGAACCGUGGUGGCUACACGAUUGUCGACAACAGCGAUCCGUCUGAAGGUGUUAUUAACAACAACCCUAAGUUCAGACCGCAGAACUACAGCAAUGUCCCACCGCCUGCGGGUCUCAAUGAGCGAGGUCGGGUACGAGGUCGUGGAGGAGGAGCUGGUCGUGGUCGUGGCGGUGGUGCUGCUGCUGGUCGCGGAAGAGGUGAGGUACCUGCAAGCUAG